CAAAAAUGUCAUACGAAUAAAAAGUUGUAUAAUUUCAUUCGAUUUGUAUAUUUAGUUUAUUAACUUAAUUAAAAAUGAUUUUUAUCGCCGAUUCGUCAUAAUAAUCCACGAAUAAAAAUGUUAAAAUGCACCAAAAGCUCCCCGCUAUUUUUACCGUAUUUAUUUUAACAUCUUGGGGGGUAAAUUUUAGAAAACGCUGAGCAUCAAGUCGAGGACUAGAUGCCGCCCCGGCGGCGCUCCACCCGGGAUGCUCAAUCUGGAGCACGAAGCGGGCGUUUGGGACUCCGUCCUGCUCGAGCCCCUGUCGGAGGACGCGUUCGUGGCCAAUCUGCAGCACCGUUUCAAACGGGACCACAUCUACACUUACAUCGGAAACGUUCUGAUCUCGGUGAACCCGUAUAAGAAAUUCGCCCUGUACUCCGCCGAUCUCGUCGAGGCCUACGUGAAACGAGGGCCCUUUCAAUUGCCGCCUCAUAUAUAUGGCAUUGCUGGUACUGCGUACAGAUGGCUCAACGAUCGAAACGAGGAUCAAUGCAUUAUUGUAACAGGGGAGAGUGGUUCGGGUAAGACGGAAGCGGCGAGAAUUGUCCUGCAAUUCUUGGUACUUGUAUCGGGAGAUAGAAAUGAAUCGAAGAUUAUCAAAGAUCGUUUAGUUCAGGCUAAUACGCUGUUAGAAGCGUUCGGAAAUGCUAGGACGAUGAAAAAUGACAACGCUUCGAGAUUUGGGAAAUUUCUCGAUAUAGAAUUCAAUUUUAGAGGAGAUCCGAUAGGAGGCCAUCUUACGCAUUAUUUUCUAGAUAAAGCGAGAAUCACACGUUUAGCACCGUUAGAUAGAAAUUUCCAUAUAUUCUACCAACUCCUAUCCGGAGCCGAUAUUCAUUUACUCAAAAUUCUGAAACUACAACGUAACGUGGAACUGUACGCGAUUUUAUUAACGGAAAACCACCAACCAACUCUAUCGGAUGACGAUGACAAAUCGCUCUUCGUCUAUACCAGAGGUGCCCUGGAAGUGCUCGGGUUCACCGAUAACGAAAUAAUCGACAUAUUCCGCGUUAUAGCCGUUAUUUUGAAACUGGGAAAUUUGCAGUUUGUCCCUUGUAGUAACAUCGACGGCACCGAAGGAUGUUCACUAACUAACGAUUACGAAUUGUACGAUGUUUGCGAACUGUUGGGAGCCGAACCGAGAUGGCUGCAAAGGGCGCUGAUUACACACCAAAUCGAAGACCAAAUCGCCGAUCUGAAUGCAAUCGAUGCAGCCAAACUCAGAGACGCGCUCUGUAGAACUUUGUACAGUCGUCUGUUUACUUGGCUUGUAAAUAGAAUCAACGAUAUUAUAAAGGGUAAAACGUUAGGUAAACGCAAGGAACUCGGCGUUUUGGACAUCUACGGGUUCGAAAUAUUCGACAAAAACAGCUUCGAGCAACUCAUGAUAAACUACUGCAACGAAAAACUGCAGCAAUUCAUCGUCAAUUCGACGUUGAAAGAGGAACAAGCCGAGAUGAUCAAGGAAGGCUUGGAAUGGACCAAAAUCGAUUACUUCAAUAACAUAACUAUCUGUCAAUUGCUAGAGCACGAGAAACACGGCGUUCUAUCGCUCUUAGAAGAACCCCACGUUCAAUGCGACGCUGCAUAUUUAACCAGAGUUGAACAAUGUUGUGCUGGACAUUCUCAUUGUUUAGCAGCGGAUUCCAUACUACCAUUACACAGCUUCCAGAUAAGGCACUACGCCGGAGCGGUAACGUACAACGUACGCGGUUUCGUGGAGAAGAAUCGCGACGUCCUCCCCAGGGAGCUGUCGAGGGCGAUGUUCCGAUGCGAUCAUCCCCUGAUCCCCGUGCUGUUCCCCGAAGGCAACCCGAAACGAUGCAAUCCGAAGCGACCGGCCUCCGAAUCGUUCCAGCUGCGCGUCUCUCUGGAGUCCCUCUUCAAAGAGCUGCACGGCAGACGAGCCCACCACGUCAGGUGUCUCAAACCCAACGAAUCGAAGCGACCGAGGUCGUUCGAGAUGGCGCUCGUCCAACACCAGGUGCGCUAUUUGUGUUUGUUGCCGACGGUGCAAUUGUGGCGAACGGGGUACUGCUUGCGAUUGGGCUACGUGCAGUUCGUGUCGAGGUACAAGAUGGUGUCGGGGAGUACCUGGCCCAAAUGGCGCGGGUCACCGGUAGAAGGAGCUUCGUUGAUUCUAAGAUCGCUUCCGAUACCGAGCGCUGAAUUCACGUUCGGUAGGACGAAGUUGUUCGUGAGGAGUCCCCGGACGGUGUUCGAAUUGGAGGAUUUCCGAAGGGCCAGGCUCCACGAUUUGGCGAUGCUGGUGCAGAGGAUAUGGAGAGGUUACAGGGAGAGGAAACGCUAUAGGAAGAUGAAGCGUAGCCAGAUCAUCAUAGCGUCGGCUUGGAGAAGUUGGAAGGCUCGAGAGGAAUUUAGGAUACUGAAACAUAGAAAAGAAGUCGAAUGGGCCACUCGAAUCAUUCAAAGGCACUACAUACAAUGGAAACGUCGACAAUUCCUGUUGAAUUUGCUGAGAAUCCUGCCCGACGAUGCGGAUUCGCCGAUUUGCAAGGAAUGGCCUCUUACGUCGCAGCGGCUCGUCGAGUGCAGCUCGCUAUUGAAUAAAAUCCAUCACAGAUGGCGCUGUCACAAAUUCCGAUCGAAAUUCGACCAAACGGCUCGCAAUCGCAUGAGGGAAAAGGUGACGGCGAGUUUUAUAUUUAAAGAUAGAAAAUGUUCAUAUCCUAGAAGUGUAUCUCAUCCGUUCGUCGGGGAUUACGUUCGAUUGAGGCAGAACGUUCAGUGGAAGAAAAUGUGUUUGGAAAACAAUGACCAAUACGUAGUGUUUGCUGAUAUUAUUAAUAAAAUUACUAGGUCUAGUGGAAAAUUCGUUCCUAUACUUUUGGUCAUAUCAACGAGAUCGAUGCUGGUAUUGGAUCAAAGGACAUUACAAAUCAAAUAUCGAGUGCCUGCAACGGAAAUCUACAGAAUGUCCCUUUCGCCGUUUCUCGACGACGUCGCCGUCGUUCACGUGAAAGCCUCAUCAUUGCCGAAUCCCGAGACGUCCAGCGCCUCGUCUGACCAAACGAGCUGUUUAUUUCAGAGCGAUUUGAGCAAAAAGAAGGGCGAUUUCGUUUUUCAAACGGGCCACGUCAUCGAGAUCGUCACCAAGCUGUUUUUGGUGGUGCAAAACGCGACGGGUAAACCGCCCGAAGUCAAUAUCACCACCGAAUUCGAAGCGAAUUUCGGGGCCCAAAUCGUGACGUUUACGUUCAAAUGCGGCCUGCCGGAGGUGCAACCCGGCCAGAUUAGGGUGAUGAGAAAAGGCGGGAAGAUGGAGGUGCUCGUUUGAUGUUCACCCUUUGACAUAUCUACUAUUACACUGCCAUUUGGAAAUUCGGUUUUUUUUUUGGGUGUCAUUUCGUCUCGAUUCUCGUUGCACAAUUUUCGUUUUCGUUUUUUUGUUGUUGUUGUUGUAAAACCGUUUGGUGAAAGGGGUUCGUUUCGUAGGUGAAAUUUCGUAGGUUAAAUGUUGGUGUAUAUAAUAGGGAAAAUGGAUAUUAGAUUCGUACUAAUUUUUUCUUUUCGAUGCGAAUUUUAAUUCGUGUUAGAGAAAGGGAUGUUAUAAAUAUGUUUGUUCACUUAGUACACACGGGCAAGUAGUUUGUAUAGAACUGUUCGCUAUAAAUAAUACAAGAUUGACGUUACAGUACAAAUGAAUGUUUUUUAUAAAAAUUAUUUGUUAUUUAUUGCUUGAUCUUUUCGUAAUGUUAAGUGUCUCUACUACUCAUUCUUUUUAUCUCGCCUGUUAGAUGAUAUUCUUGUGUUGCAUUCUCAUCGUAAUUUAUUAAUAAUAAUACGCCCGAAAUGUUAUAUAACUAACUACAGUGCGAUAGAUAUAGCUAAAGAUUAAUGUCUACAGCUAUUCUAAUCGGGCUGUACACGGUCGGAUAAAAUUCCCGAUUUCUCGUAACACGUGGAAUUUCGUCUGUACAAAUUAAAUUCUAAUCGAUUUCGGAGGUGUUCACUAUUAUAGUUAACGAAUUGUAUUUAAGACUUUUGUGAUAUAUAUUCGAUAAAAAACAAACAAACAAACAAACCGUUCGAGUACAACACGUUUAUUAAUACAAUCUUUCGCUUUUGGGAAUAUUCGAAUGGCGUUUUCGAAACUACUUGUUCGAAUUUGAAAUUACCGCGCGGUUUGCAAUUAUUCCGGAUGUGUUUCGUUAAUUUUUACGAAUCCUGCGAGGAAUCAAACUCGAAAGUAUACCGAUUUAGAUUUCGUUCGUUGAAUUGUGUAUAUUCUAUAUAGCAAUAUGUUUUAAUAAAUAAGUUAUAUUUUUAAUGGGGUUGCUUUACUACAAAU